AUUUGUUUAAUUUCUCAAAUUCAUUAUCGUGUUCGUGGCCAUGAUUGACUGAAGAAGUUUACCAUUUCACGAACUCACGACCAACUGAAAAAUUACGCACAAAACACGCGAUGUGAACAGCGCUUAAUUUUGUCUCCUCGCGAUCCUAACCUGUACGUGUCACGCGAAAAGCAACAUUUUUAAGAGAUAGGUUAAUUACAUCAAAACGAGAACGAUACCGGUGAAACAUAUGAAUAAAUGAAAAAUGAAGCGGCUCAAAGCGAUUAUCGAAGACGUAAUUGUGCAAUCAGACAAAAUUCAGCCAAUUAUUGUGAACUUCCAAAAUGGCGAGCUUAAGGAUGAAGAAGUCAAGGAGAUGUCGUGCGGCUUGUUCCACGAUCAGAAGGACGACAAAACUGUGUUGGCCUUGUCAAAUGGACACAUUGUUUACAAAGGUUACAGGCCGGAUUGUGAGAAGGAGUCAACGCGAACGAUGUUGGUGCUCCACAAUAAAAGGACAGGCAAAGUACGAUUGUUGGAGGCCGAGCGGUGGCAAGUAACUCCAGUACUCGAGAAACCCGGCGUGGACGACAGCAAGGAUAACGUGGAAGAAAAGAUUUUUAUACUGAACAAGCAAUUUGGAUCUAAGAGAGUUAAACGUAGAACUGAGCAAUUUGAGAAGCUGAAAGUGAAUGUCGAUUCCAUUAAGGAACAACUUGAGAAAACAGUGUCAAAUGUUGAAAUUGACCGGCUAGAUUUAUCAACUGAAUUACAAGCCGAGGACUGUAUGUCAAGUGGGAUACUACCUCCGUGCAACAGGAAUGCGAGUAAUGUCAAAGAUGUGUACAAUGUAUAUGAUAUUAUUCCCAAGAGUAAAUUGGAAACGUUGUAUGAGCACGCAAUGGAGGUUCUCAAUGGGGAUGUGGAAGGAAAGGGAAAAUUCUUCAAACGCACUUUAAAAGUUGUACAAUCGGAUCCAGACAAUGUGAACAAGAUAGCCCUUUUGCUCUACAUUGAAAUGGUCAACGCGUGGUUUGCCAUGCCAUUGAAGAACGCGAAGAGACGCGAUGUUGUCAUAUGCCCGAUUUCUGAAGAAGUGAAUCAGCACAUUAUCGACACGUACAGCGUGUCCAGCGCGAACGGACGGUUGAGGCCGAACACCAUGAAGGACAAAGGCCUCGUGCACAGCUUGAUUCUCGCACUGACGAUAUCGAACUUCGUCCUCGACUUGGAGCUAUUCCGAAUUAUGCUGGAAACGCGAACGAGUCUAAAGAAGUUGACGGACCUCGCGAAAAUUAUCGGAGCAGUGCCCACUAAGGAAGAUAAGAAGAUCAUCGUGCUUAAAGUUCCAUUGCCACCGCCGAGUAAACUAACUCCGGAGGAAAGAGAGCAGAACUUGAGCCCGUUGCUGUCGACGGGAUGGACUGUCCAAGCGAACAGGGAUGCGAUCUACAAGGAGUUUGUGUUCAAAAACUUCAAUGAGGCCUUCGGAUUUAUGACGAGGGUAGCUUUACAAGCUGAGAAGAUGGACCACCAUCCCGAAUGGUUCAAUGUUUACAAUAAAGUAAAUGUUACUCUGUCGUCCCACGACGUGAACGGACUGUCGCAGAGGGAUGUGAAACUGGCGACCUUCAUAGACAAGGCUGCUACCUCUACCGGCAAUUAAAUCUCACUUAACUCACUGUUGACCUGUCGCGGCCUGUUGUACAUUUAUUAUGCAUAUAUAAUGACAAUAACGAAAAAAAAAAUAUUGUUUGUUAUCAUUGAUUUGUAGCAUAAAUAUUAAUGGCAUUAAUUAUAUCUUUCUGUUUUUAAAUCGCAUAUAUACAUACUAUAAAUUACAAUCCUUUACAAUAUCCUCCACUAGACAUUCAUAACUCACUGUUAUUCAAUUUGUAAGUCACAUAUGAAAAUUUAGGUAGUAUAAAGAGGAAAAGUUGUUGAAUAAGUAAAUAAUUUAUUCUCGAAUAAUUUAUAAGCUACCGUCUUAAAAAGUUCUUCAUAUAUGUAACACAAACAAAUUGUUCCUGCUGUAAUAAUCAUAUUUAACUGGC